CCUGUGAUGCCAAACCUCCAUGGCUGGGCUGAAUGGCAUGUCUGUCGAGGCGGUAUAAUCUAAAAGCAAACCGGGACAUUAUGGAGCAGACGGUGUGUUGACGGAGAUGCGACGGUGCAUGAAAAAGUUGGCCUCCGCGGCGGGAUGAAGUAUGAUCGGCGAUAAACACGCAGAGGAACACCGAGAGAGAAAUUUAAGUCAACUUAAUCCAUCUGGACAUCGGGGGGGAAGAUAAGGACCGUGAUGGCUUCGAUGAAAACAGCAUUAUUCGUGUUGCUACACUGGGUGCUCCAGUGCGCUGUGUGUCGCGACAUAUCUGUUCCUCCUGGGACCCUUUACCGUGUUGCAGGGUUCCCCCUCUCCCUGCCCUGUGCUGUGUCAGGGUUUGAAGGGCCACGCACGCAGGACUUUGAGUGGUUCCUGUACAGAGAUGAUGCUGGUGGCAGGCAGAUGGGAGUGGUGUCCACCAGGGACAAGGGCUUCCCUUACGCCCCAUUUCAGCCUCGGGUGAAGAAUGGGGAGGUGAGGGUGGAGAGGGAUUCGGGGGACAAAGUCCGACUGGUGAUCCAGAGACUUCGAGCUGAAGACCAGGGGAAGUACGAGUGCUACACACCCAGCACGGACAGCACCUACCAGGGGAACUAUAGCGCCUCAGUGCCUGUCAAAGUGAUCCCUGACACACUCCAGGUCAGCUACACCCGCUCCCUCACCGGCCAGCCCGUGCCCGAGGGGGCCGAGUUAACUCUGACAUGCUCAGGCGGCAUCCAAUCAGAGCAGCUCACCCAUCUGUCCAUCACGUUUGGGAAGCGCAAUAAUGGAGAGGGCUUGGGGGCCGAAGGUGGAGGGCAGGUCAGCAACAUAAGGGAGAUUAUCUCCAUCGACAAGCUGCUGGGGGUCGUCCCUGGACGUAUGUACAAGAAGCGGUACGACGAUGGAGAGAUCACGCUGGAGAAGAGGAACAAGGAAGGGGGACUGGGCGAGUACGUGAUGAAGAUGAGGGCCGUGCAGCCAGACGACACCGGCUCCUAUUUCUGUGAGUCCAUGCAGUGGAUCCGGGACCCCGAUCGAUCCUGGCAGAAGAUCGCACAGAGGACGCUGGAUAUUGGCAACUUGACCGUUCAGCAACUAGCGGAGUCUCUGAGUAUAACGUCCUCUCCCCGAGGGGAGGUGACCCUGCAGGUGGGGGCUCCUCUCAUCCUGACCUGUGAGGUGUUAGGGCUGCCGGCGGAGGUAAACUCAGGGCUGCUGGUUCAGUGGAUGAAGAGAGGAUCAGUCAGCAGCGAUGGAGCUAGGAGCGGGGGGGUCGAGGUGGAGGUGGCCCGGAUGAGCCCGGACGGUGUUGCGAGCUGGGGAGACGACCUCAGCCGAGCGAGUGGGGGCUCCAUGGAGAAAGUGGCGGGGGGGAGAUACACUCUGAAGCUGUUCUCAGGCCAGCCUUUAGACUCUGGGGUGUACCGGUGUGUGGUGAGUGUGUACGCCGGGAGAGCCAACCCUGACCCGUCUACUCCUGUAACACUCACCCAGAGGUCUGAGGGGGUCACCGUCAACCUCAAAAGCAAAGAUGUGCUGGUUGCAGCUGUGGCUCAGCUCCUUCGAGGCCCUCUGCUAAAACGAGGCAACACCAUCACCCUGAUCUGCAACAUCACCGUGACGACCACAGGCCCCGCCCAGGCGCAGGUGCAGUGGCUGCGGAGGCCAAUCCCUCCUCGAGUUAUCAAGAGGGAGGAGAGCCCGGCCUCUGCUGUUACUGUACCGGACCCCCCUGUGGAGGAGGGGCCCAGCCUGGUAGCCGCCCUCAUGUACGACGGUGUUGCAAAGAUCUACGUCAACACUAGCGACGUUAGCAUCGACCGCCUGUCCGCUGGUAGCUACAGACUGAGGGUCCACUCGGCUACCAUGGAUGACCAGGGCAUGUAUGCGUGUCAUGCCCAGGCGUGGGGUCAGGACCCCCAUGGAGGCUGGUACAACACAGGGGCCAGAGCAGAGUCCAAUGCAGUGACCGUCUACAUGUAUUCCAGAGCUGAAGACCUCCUGCUCAUCCCUCUGGUGGUCGGAGUCUCUUCGGCCUUGUUUGUGGGCAUCCUCAUCAUCUCAACAGUGACCUGUUGCUUCAUGAAGCGGCUGGCAAAGCAGCGCACUCCAAAAUAAGUAAACCCGCUGUUUGCUGCCGAUCUGAAGUCUGAAUGUUCGCGAAAAGGUGAUGCCCAGAACAUAGCGGGAUACAAAUGGCUGAGAAAUAACUUUUAGACAAGAAUGAAGCGAAAAAGACCCUGCUGGUUUUCUGUGUUUAGACAUUACUGUUUAACAACCAAUGCCAAAAGAUUGUGUGUUAAAUUAUCUUGUAUUUUUGUAUCCAAAACUCCUCUGGACAUAUUUUAGUCACCAUACAUGACCCUUACUGGGCAAAGACCUAACAUUGUUGUAGUCCAUUUCCACGUUAGCUUAACCUACAUUUUUUAAUCAUCCCUUUGUUCCAGUUUAACUUUCUGUCUAGAAUGGAAAAUGGUAAAAAUACACAAGAAAAGCAAGAUUUCUGUGACGAGGUAGAAAGUAAAGAAGGUACUGCAGUUUCCUUUUGUCUAUCACAUGAGAGGAAUCUUAAAGUUACUGAAGAAAUUCUCAAGGAAAAUCAAACAAACUGCCCUCUUAAAAGUCAUGGUUUGAUCAUUUCAAUUUGAAGGUCAGAUAUUUUGUAUAACGCUGUUAUGUUUUUCUUUUAACGUUGUUGUGUGUGUACAUGGUUAAGCCUCUAGCACUGCCACUGACAGUCACAUGAAUGCUGAUGGGAGCAGUUCAGCCUCCAAAACGUAAUCUAAGCAGGGACCUUCCACUGCCUGCAGCCCAGAACCACUCUGCAUGUAAACACAGUCUCUGUCUGUUACUUAAUAAGGCAGGCGCUGGCUGGAGGCUUUCUAAUGCCAAGACCAAUUGAGAAUCAAUUCUAAACACAAGCAUUCCUCGCCUGUGACGCUUCACACUGAAGUGAGUUUUCUAUAUUGUCUUGUAUAGAUUCGACUAAGAUAAAUGGACAAUAUAUCCAGUUUGCACUGAGCUAAUAUGUAAAUAUUGUAUGGAGUUUAGCAGUUUUUAUUUUUCUUGAUGUGAGUAAGACUAUGCUGUCUUUGGCAAAGCGCCUGUGUUUAACAUUCUGCACCAGUCUGUUCUUUUUGUGAAGCACUUGGACACAAAUGGGACUGGGACCAAAGCCCCUCUGUCUCCUGCUUUUACUUGAUAUUCUUCAGGCUGAAAAGUCACUCCUUUGCUGUACUAGAGCAACUACUUUUAAAGUGCUUUUUGUCCUAUUGCCCUUUGUGUCUGAGACAGAAAACAGUACUGUGAAAAAGAAUCCUCUGUUAAACCAAAUAACAGAAAACAAUUUGUGUUGAUUCACACAGUUUGGGUUUCUUGUCCCCGAGGUGAAAACCUCCUAAGCAGCGCAGUCACAUGACCUAAUAGUUGAGUGAAGUCUCACUAUCGUCGGCAUUGCAGUCAUCAUGUGGUUCAGGCCACACAUACGCAGCCAAUACGUAUUAUGACUAUAGCCCUGCUGCUAGCCACCAGAAAUCUGUAGGACAGAUUUACUGUGUCUGCACACUCAUAAUUAGUGAAAUCCAUCCUCCACUUCCUGUCCGAAGUAACACUUAAGAAAAGUCUGAGUGUGCCCACAUUGUGUGACCACUUAAAGCAAGAUACAUGUUCGUGGAAAGGAGGAAGAAAGUCAAAUAUGUUGUUAUCCAGCUUGUGGAUCCCCUUUGAAAUUAUUCCAGGUCAUUUUUUCUGCUUUUCGAAGUUUGUUUGCACUGAGCUAUACUUCAUGGUCACAGUCUGUCUUUACUGUCUGUGUCUGUCUCUUGGUUUCAAUAUGAGUCCAUCUAAACUCCCUCUCCUGCCUAACCUGUGUGCUCUAAACCCCCGAUUAUAGAUGUUGUUCACGGAUAUUAGGGAAUAAAAAUCACAGCUCUGGUUGCUUCCUGAGCCACUUUGUUCCAGAUCAACUACUCAAAGCUGAUUUGUUCCCCCACAUAACCCACCUACCACAUGAUUACACACUUUUGCACACACGUACACUAAAUGACUCACAGGCACACACAGCCCAGAAGCAGCGGCACAGUGGUGGCUGGUAUUUCAGAUGAAAGUAGGUGAGUAUCUGCGUGCUCAUCUCUAAUCCCUGUUUAUGGCUGCAGAUUGAAUCCUGCUGCCCUUCCCCCUCUAUCUCUCACUAUCUCUCUUACAGUGUGGCUCGCAAUCGAUUCAUUUAUUUCUCUUCCCUGAGAAAUACAGCCAGAUGUUAAAAGUGUAUAGCUCAUAGCGUGCAAAGUGUGAAAGCUGCUGUCUACGUUUUGCUUUUGUUUAAGGAUAUGUUUAACCCUUUUGUGAAGGUGUUAUGUUUUGUUUGGACUGUUUACUCUUUAAUCCCACUGUUCCUGAAUGCAUCUUGCUACCAUCGAAAUACAAAAAUGGCGGGUUAUAACUCAGUUUGUUUCUUAUGGUGCUUUGGCGAAACCUGCCAGUUGACAAACCAAUAAACCACUCUGGAAUUAAAACGUCA